CCGCACCGCACCCCCACUCGGGCCCGGAGGAUGAUGAAGCUCAAGUCGAACCAGACCCGCACCUAUGACGGCGACGGCUACAAGAAGCGGGCCGCGUGCCUGUGUUUCCGCAGUGAGAGUGAGGAGGAGGUGCUACUUGUGAGCAGUAGUCGCCAUCCAGACCGAUGGAUUGUCCCUGGAGGAGGCAUGGAGCCCGAGGAGGAGCCAGGUGUGGCGGCAGUCCGUGAAGUCUGUGAGGAGGCUGGAGUAAAAGGGACAUUGGGAAGAUUAGUUGGAAUUUUUGAGAACCAGGAAAGGAAGCACAGAACAUAUGUCUAUGUGCUCAUUGUCACGGAAGUGCUGGAAGACUGGGAAGAUUCAGUUAACAUCGGAAGGAAGAGGGAAUGGUUUAAAAUAGAAGAUGCCAUAAAAGUGUUGCAGUAUCACAAACCGGUGCAGGCGUCGUAUUUUGAAACGUUGAGGCAAGGCUACUCAGCCAACAACGGCACCCCGGUCGUGGCCACCACGUACUCAGUGUCUGCUCAGAGCUCGAUGCCAGGCAUUAGAUGACUGAAGACUUCCUGUAAGAGAAAUGGAAAUUGGAAACUAGACUGAAGUGCAGAUCUUCCCUCUCACCCUUGCUCUUUUCACCUCUCCUCACAGGCCUCCUCUUUCAAAUAAGGCAUGAUGGGCAGCAGAGAAAGGGUUUAUUGAUAACGUUGCUGUUUGGUGUUAAGUGAUCGGGCUUUUUCUUCUCUUUUUAUUGAGGGGGUGGGGGUUGGGUAUGUAAUUUGUAAGUACUUUUGUGCAUGAUCUGUCUCCCUUUCCACACCCCUUCAAUCCUCUGAAGAGGCAAACAGCCUUCCUUCUGCCUUGGAUUCUGAAGUGUUCCUGUUUGCCUCAUUCCAAUCCUGGCCAGAUAUUUUUCUUUGAUUUUUAAUUUUUUUUUUUUUUUUUUAUUAAAAGAUACCAAUAUGAGAUGAAACCUUUCAAGAAUUUGUCCUAUAAUGUGCUCUUAAGUCUGGUAGGUUGGUCACUUUCACUGCAGGAUACAUUUAUCUACACAUUAUAUACUGGGCAUAUAAUAUGUAAAUAAAUGGCUUGUAGGAAGGGAAUUUAACUGUUUACUUCUUAAAGGUUUUGUUUUUUACAUUUGGGGUGUUUCUGGAGAGCCUCACAAUUAAUUCACCUUUUUUGUUUUUGAUGCUAGUGGCUAGGUGAGUUUCCCCGCCCUCUGUUUUUCCCCCGGCCUUGGCCGUAGUUAUGUGGGUGCAGGGAGAGCUUCGCUACCUUCAUGUAGGUGCUCCCAGGACUCAUGGCCUUCUCUUCCCGACGCUGUUUCCACGCCAAGAAAGAAACAGGAAGAAACCCAUUUUCUUUUUUAUUCCGAAGCCUCAGCUCAGAUCUGGAGAAACAAUGAUAGAAAUUGUAUUCCUCCCUACGUGUUAACCAUAGGGAUUUGAACUGGAUUCUUGGAAUUACUAUCUAAAAAACUGGAGCAUCGAGCACUGUUUCUAUCCUGCUGGUUUGGAAUUUUUUCCAUAAUGCUACUUACCGCUGACAGCGGCCUCUCUCCUUGUACAUACAUGCCUUACAUCGUGCUGAACUGGAUGUUGUCCUUGUGCUCCGAAGCAUCCGGCUGUACCUGGUGAGUGCAGCUGUGCAGUCCCGUCCGCAUUCUGAGUAACCGUGUUAAGUUCCUAAGGAGUACACAGGAGGAGAAUUCAGGUCUUUGCUUGCCUUUGUCAGGUAUACAACACUUGUAAUUGCACCAUGGAGCAUGCUCAGAAAUAGUAAAUUUGUCUCCCCCCUGGGAUGUGAAAGGUCCGUCCUCCACUGAGAAGUGGUAUGGGAGGAGGCUUAAUCCCUUUCCAGAACAGCUACAUAGUGCAUUGGCUCACUGCAGACUGUCUUGUUGGUUUUUGCUACAGGUUUGAUGCUGGUUUCAUUUGCCAGUUGUGUUGUUUAGUUGAAAAAUAUGCAGAAAAGGGUCUUGGGGUGGGGCGGGUGCGGGAGGGGGGCACUGAUCGGUCCCUGGCUGGGGACAGGAGUUUGUUGCUAUACUCUUAGUGGCACCUCCUUUGUCAGAACAUAGCCAAGAUGUGAAAUUAAAAUCGUAGUUCUCUUUAUUUAAAAAUUCUAAUAAAUACUCAGACUUUGAAAACCUUUUGCUCUUCCCUCCCACUAAAAUGUAUGUAUGUGGUAGGCCUGUGUCAUUUAACGUUCAGCAUUUUGGGGGACAUCAGUCGAUGAACUUUUUAAUUUUUGCUCUCUGCUCUCAGUUUGCAUCUUCUUUCCUAGUCUUGAAACACGGAGCCAGAAACAGGGCCAGCAGUUUCCUUAGGACACCGCUCUACCUCUGGGAAUGAAAUUUUGCUCCCAAGGAAGGGUCCCAGUGGAUAGAUAGCACCAUGGGAUUUGAGUCUAAAGGCCAGCUCACUGUUCCCAUGUCCUACUUUAAAACGAACACACUGCUGCUUAUUACCUGAUGUAGGGCAUUCUGAGGUUCUGGCCAAAUAAAGAAGAAAAUAAAAUAAAUUCAACUGAGCACUAAAUGCAAUCCCCAAAAACACAUUCUUCCAAAUAAAUUCUUCCUUUGUGAUAUGGAUUGAAAGUGCUUUGCAGGAAAAUAGUCAGUGGUCCUGAAAUAGGAAUUGCAGUGUUAAUAAUAGUUUGUGCAUUUUUUUAAUGAUCUGAAGAUGUUUUCACUGGGCUGGUGUAACAGUAUACCACCCUACAGAAUCCAGUUUGGAUUGUUGUUGGCGUCUUUGGGUCAGGAAAGUGAACUGUGCCAAGAAGUAUUUUUUAGUGACGUGAAUGGAUCCCAUUAAUGCGGUUACUGGAGAGAUUGUGCUGAUGCUUUCCUAACUGACAAAAGAAGGCUUUGUCCAACACUAGAAUUGUUGAAACUGGUGCUGUUUUCUGUUGCACUGGGAUCCUGAGGAGCAGGGGUUGGUGUUUUCCCUCCCUGGCACCAUAAACACCAUGGCUGUCUUUACUGGCGUAGCAGGCACCACUUUCCGGGGUAGAUUGCUUAGACCCGUGAUUGCAGCAACCUUUCUCUCUCCCCUGGAGAGAGUGAGGAGAGACAAAAGAAAGCACAAAGUUUACCCUGCUUGCAGAAUAUUCCAGUGACACUGAUUUGCCAUUAAUCCUGUAAGUACUCAUUUUAUUUGGGCUUGACAGAAGCAGGUUCCUGUGUUCAGGGCAGAUAUAAAGUCUUUCCCACAGUGAAUUUGCAUGUCGUAGAUUCUUGGUUGUUACCGGAGUGUCCUUCAAAGUGCACCAUACUCAGGAUAGAGAAAGAGAGCUGUGGAUUUCUUUUUUAAUUAAAAUUUGUUUUUAGUUUAUAAAUUACAGCCCUUUGGGAAACACUAGUGAGAUCAUGCCUUUCUUUUUUUUUGUUUGUUUUUUUUUGUUUUGUUUUUGUUUUUGUUUUUGUUGGACCAGGACUGGGAGGUGGGGGGUGGGUAAGGGCUCCAAGGGUUUAGAUCUUUAGGUAGGCUCUCAGAACAGUGCAGUCCGUGACACAGGAGUCUUGAUUUUUCUCAUAGCAGACAUAACCGGAUGGAAAAGUUAAUGAAUGGAUUGUUUUGUGCCCUGCUCGGAGAGUUCCCUCACUGAGUCUGAGCCGAGGCCAUCUGGAGGGAUCAAAGAGGGUGGGAGUAUCACCCCCUGGGAGGCUGAGGAAGGCCUGGACGCUGGCCUGGCGGCAGGACCUCUGCCCUCUGCGCUGCAUUGCGAGUCCUGUGCAAAGUGAGGCACUUGAGGCCUUGCUACUACCCGUGGCCUCCGGGGAGCAGAGCGGGUCACCGCCCUCAGAGAGUGCUUGAAGUUUUGCACACGCGUUGCCACAUAGUCAGCUUCCUUCAUGGCAGAGAACUGUUCUCUGUUUUGGUAUUAGGAGUUGGCCCAUGUAAAAAUCUCUUAGACUUGCUUAGAAGAAAAAAGGUCACGUUUUGUUUUCAGAAUUCUAGAAGGAAAAAGUUCCCAAUGGAACUUUGCUUGCUCCUUCACCCUCCCUUUUCUCCUCCUCCCAUACCCUGUGCAGGGGUUUAUUCUAAACCUCUUGCACCAGCGAGUCAUCAGUCUUCUGUUGCACCUGAGUGUGCUUUUCACACAUUGAACUUAAUGUAUUUGUCAUUUCCGUCUCAGUGCUGUGCGUUAAUACCUUUGUUGCCUCCCUACUUUGAUCUUUUUUUUUAAAAGAGCUUAGCCUGAGCCACUUUUUUUUUAGUUUAGUUUAAAAGAAGGAUUUGAUAACCACAAUGUGAUUUUUGCCACGACUUUAUGAUUUUUAGAUUUCUGAAUUAUUCUCUAAGCCCGACCUGGUUGAGUUGAGAGUAGAUUUAGAAUUAGAAGAAAUACCUGGAGAAAUCUCCAUAGUAGGAUGAAUUUUUGCUUUAAGAGAAAUGAGAGUUAGCUAUGACUGAUAAUACAGCUUCAUCCUGGUCCCAUCCGCAUUUCACAAAAAAAUAGGAGACAUGCAAGACAGUCAACCCAAGCAGCCCUGGGGAGAGAUUAUUUGAUGAUGAUUAGAUAAUGCAAAUGCCUCUUCUAGUUCUCAUUCUUGAAGAUUCCAAGUCAGACCUGAGGCCUUGUGGUUCAUAGUGUCCAGCAGGGUGGCAGUCGUUUUUUCUGAGCCCGGCUAGGAUGGAGCCUAUCUCCCUAAGGCUGUGCAGCUGGCAGUGUGGCCUUAGCCUUGGUCAUCAGGGCACCCACCUCAACUGGAAUAUGGGAGAAAGCACCCCAGAGUCAGCCUCGGUGCUUUGGAGUGAGCCUGGUGACGGAGACCCCACCUUCCAGGAGAGCUGUGUUUUCCAUGUCACCUUGUUUGUUACCUAAAGCAGUAAGACAUUUGCUUUCUUCAGGUAACCGUGAAGUGCUAUCCACUGAUUGCAGUUCGUUAGAAGAUACUGCAUCAGGUUGACUGAGGUCACCAGGGGUCCUGGGAACCUGGAGAGCUUAGGCAGACUCUUCUUUGGAGGCCAGAAGCCUCUGAAAGGACUCUGGCCUCUGAAAAGGCAGCUUCACAUUUUGACAAUAUUUUUGCUUUAGCUGAUAACCUUUCAGGGAUAUGAGAAGCCUAAUCAGGACAUCUGAAAAAAUGAUACCUCUCACCUUCAGGUUAAUCAAUUCUCUUAGUGCCCUUAAAAAUUAGAGAGAGGAGAAUAUCCCAUUUGGUGUUGCUUUGAACAGAUCCCUUGAGCAGAGGCUGGCCGUCACAUGAUCUGGUUUUCUCUGUCCCUGCAGUAUGAAGCUUUCCAGAUGAAAAGGCAUCUCUCUCCCCUAAAGCUUUGUUUAUAGUGAUGGUUUGGUGAGCUUGAGAUUGUCUUAGAAAAUGAGCCCAUCCAUUUGGCUAGGGGAGUGAAAAGGGAAGCCACUUUAAUUCACAAGUCAGCACACCAGGGGGGACUCUGCUGGAGAAGGAAGUGCUUUUGGCUGGAAAAGCAAGAUUAAUAUCUAGAAGGUGGCAAGUCAUUGCUUCUGUUCCGCCAGCAAUGAGUUGUUUAAUUAAAUACUCUAGGUUUCCUUUGCUUUACAUUCCCAAUUCUAACCCCAAACAGUGGCCACUGGAACACCAAAAAAGGCAUUUAAACCCCUGAAGAUGGGCUUUAAAAGAUACAGAAACAGCAGCAUUGUCAUUUUCCAGGUUCAUCACCAUUUUGCUCUGCUACCCAUCCUUUCCCCACUGCAGCCAGGCCAGAUGUGAAGUUUCUGUUAAUCUAUGAAUUGGGAAACAUAAAUUUGGGUUCUGGAACAAUUACCAACUAAAUUGCUUACCAUCUGUGGGGUGCACCUUUCAGAGAAUAUUUUAACGAUACAGUGAAAUCGCUCUUCUGAGUUUGAGGUCCCAAUCGGGCAUUAAGAUCAAAAUCUUAAAAGUCUUUGGAACUCCUUAGGAGAAAAGCAAGCUGCCUCAAUCUCAAUACUGGACCUUGAGACUGUACUCCCCUCUUCAUAGUGUAGGGUGGGGUGCCUCACCUUAAGGAAAUCAUUUUUCCAGUUAAGAUUGACCAUAAAUCCGUACGAGAAGUAAGCCUAUCUUUCUGAACACUUUUGUGCUAGAUUGAAAAUACUAACCUAAAGCUGCAAUAGAAGAUAGGUAUCCUCUUUCACCUCAUUACUGUCCCACUGAAAAAAAAAAACAAACAAACAGCAUUUCAGGGUUAAACCUUGGUCUGUUUUGUAUCUGUUCGUUGUGGAGAAAAUAUAUCACUAAUAAAUGAUCCAAAGAAAACACCUAGUUUGGUUCCUCGUUUCCGGCUACAUAACAGAUAGGACUUUUUCCAGAGAAGAUAGAGGCUGAUUAUCAGGACCUCAGAACCGGAGUGGACAGACCUGCCCCACAUUGAGCCUCCAUGGGGGCAGGUGGACGUUAGGUCCUAGAGAGCUUCCACACGCUGGGGGAGGGGAGGGCCGCGAGGACAGGAAGGAUUUGGAGGGGAGCGGCGAGCAUCUAAGCCACGGGGCGCAGACACAACCCUGCCUUCUGCCUCCUCCCAUAUGAUGAGGGUACUUUUUGCUCAGAAUCCAAGGCAGCUCUCUCCAAAAUCCAGUUUGCUUCAGAUGUUUUGUUUAACCUCUGAAGACCUCACUCUUUCACUCACCCUGCAUGGGCCUAGACAUGCUGCACAGGCAGGACACAGAUGCAUGAGGAAGUCCGGGGCCCUGCAGGAGCAUAGUGUUGUGUUUUGUAGUUAGAAAAAUAGUUGGUCCGCUCUCUUGUGAAAGAGGAAGAGUGUGUGGUGCAGUUUUAUAAAUGUCAGGUCUUUUUAUUUCGUGGUCUGAAAGCAUUCAAACUGGCUGAUGAUUGAAGAAAAACCUGGUGAUUAGAAUACGUAAAAUUUCAGUUAGUGCCUCUGAAGAAAGAUAGCUGCCAGUCUGCCAUGUGUUUAAUGCAAUCGGGAGCAUUUGAGGACGUUGGGAACUGUUGUAAAGGUAGAUCGAGCAGGUGUCUCGACCUGCCCAAGUGUGUCAGCGUCAAGAGAGAGGAAAUGGAAGCCCACUAGUGGCAACUUGUGUAAGGAGCCCAGUCUGUUUCAAGGACCUCUCUCCCAUCCUAUCCAGUGGCCUUGGUCGGGGUGGGCUCUGAGGAAACAGCGAGGUCCCAGCUCUGUCUGCUGAGCUGCAGGGUGUGGUCUCCAAACAGCAUAAGGCUCAUCUGAGGGCUUUGCUCGCUGUGAUCACUUCCACUCCACUCAUCGCUCAUCAGCAUCAGAAAGGCCUGGGACCAGUCUGAACCUGAUGUUCCUCCUCCCCUGUUUGAAGUGUGUUGCCCAGAUGCAGUCUCCCUUUGGCCAAGGUCAACAGGUAUUUCCAGGGAACCCUUUGGAUGGAGGCAAAGGAGCCAAGAUGAAUUGAGUUUACCUUGUUCUGAAGGACAGACGUCUUUGCACCUUGCCCCUCAUGCUCAUACAUUUUUAGCUCGGGCUUAAGUGACCAAGUCUCCAGAACUGAGACCGAGAGCCAGGGGCUCGCACACCUGGGACCAGUCCCCUGGGGACCUCACAGACUCAGACUAGACUGUUGUGAUCCCACCAGAGCUCUGCUGCUGUCCGCUUCCAUCAGGACCACUCCGAAAAGCUAACAGCUCAGCCUUUCCACCAUCACGUCAUUCCUUGGUGGCUGUUCUGCAGAAUGAGGUGCUGUCACCAGUUUAGACAAGGCGCUUUAUAUUUGUAGAAAGGGUAGAAAAUGGAACAGCCAGUGGGCUGAAUACGCACAUCCUUGGAGAGCGAGCAUGGCAGAAACAACUCCGAAUGAGCUCAACAAAACUGGCGACUCCAGGGAAUGGCGUUUGUGUGGCAAGAGGGGUUGGUGGUGGUCCUUUAACCUCCUAGACCCUGGUACUGUGUCAUGCAGCCAGGGUUUGGAAUAAUGCCACCCCUCCUGCAGUCCAGAGCCCCUCCAGGACUAGGGUCUUGCAGCCCAUGGGUGCGUGGUCUUGUUUUCCAUUUUUCAAUUUCCGAAACAACCCUGCUUGGUAUUGUGUGGGAAAUACACUGUCCUGCCUGCCCACUCAAAGCCUUCUGCGCAGGCCUGGCUUCUCCCCGUCAUCUCCAAAGCGCUCGUAAGGAAGGCCUGCCCGGGGCUCUUAGGUGCUGAUGGGGGCAGAGUUGGUUCAGAGGAGGUAGAAGGAAAGUGUUCCCGUGUCCCUGUCCCGAGGAGAAUAUUCUUGUGUGCUUAGGUUCCCUUCACACCUCUUCCUGUGGCACAGGCAGGCUGUGGAGGAGGAGGGCUGGAAAGAAGGUCCAGGUUUGGGUCCGAGACGUGCACAACAGAUGCGCGUCCCAUUUCCCCCUUCCGUAACACGCCAGCGAUAAUGUAACCAUUCCCCUCACCAACCCCCCCCCCCCCGCCCCGGGUGCCAGCAGUAGAGGACAGAGCCCUCGCCUGUAGACCACGUGGAGCUUUGGUACUCCGCCUGCAAUUCCACCACCUCAUACCCCACCUUUUUGUAAAAACAAAUGCUUACACCCGUGAGUGUGCUCGUCCUCUCUGUGUGCGUCGGCGUCCCUCCAGUGGAGCUGUGUGGGAGGGAGGGCAUUGCAUUGUAGGCUGUAAUUUUGUGCCAACCAAUAAAAACCAGUAUUGCACACACA